AUGUCCUUCCACGUCAAUGUCCUCUACCCCAACCCCGAAGGGGCCACUUUCGACCUAGACUAUUAUCUGAAGUCACAUAUGCCGCUGGUCAAAAAGAAUUGGUCAUCGUUUGGCCUGAAGGGCUACACUGUGACCCAGGCUCAACCGGGUCCUGACGGAGCGAAGCCGCAGUACAGCAUUCUCGCCGUCCUACACUGGGAAAAGGCUGAGGAUGUCGGCAAGGCUAUGGGAGACCAAGACACUGCGGGACCCAUUCUGGGCGACAUCCCCAAUUUCAGCAACCAGCAACCCAUCUUCCUUACUGGUCCUGUCGUUGGCAAGGACUAG